AUGGUCAACUGCUACUGCAAGCGAUUUUCGAAAGCUGGCCAAAGGCUCAGCUAUGUGGUGAAGGCGAUACACAAAGCCAUCAAAGCAGCAAAGAUACCGUUCUGUCUUACACAAGAUCUCAAAAUCACCAAUCCCAAAUCAAAGACCUUGCCAACACCAGCCAACGCACCAGCAACUGCUGCAGGUGUAACAAUAACCAAUCGGGAGCGUUUGUCGGCCAAUGAAACACUGACCAUCCGAAAAGUGAUGGAAUACGAGUUUCGGCGAAUGCUCGAACUGGUCGAGUCUGCCACCUCAGUUCCUGUCGAUCAGAUGUCCAACGGUUCGCAGAAUCCCACAAACACUACCGCCAACUCUGAAGAAUCGCCGCAUUCGAAUGGACAGGCGGGUUCUACGCAAGCUGGCAAUGGUGGUGCUGGAACUGGAGGCGGUGGUGAAAAUCCGACCCAGCUUAUGGCCACCAACGUCACUUUCGUGCCCGCUCAGGCGCCACCCGGCACCACAUUGGCUGACCUCACAGCCGUUGCUAACGCCGCUUUCAAAGCCACUUCCACACCGGAGGACAUUAUCCAAGUCUGGUGUGGCGAUCACCUACUGGAUCCCGAAAUGAAUCUGAGAACAGUGCGUCAUUUCUACUGGAAACAACCAGGAGAAUUGGUUCUGACCUACUCGAUCAUCAAGGAGCCCCUGUGA